GGUUGAAGGCUGAUAUUUUUUGCUCUGCGUUUAUUCUAGAACUGGUUCGACUCUCUCGAUAGUUUUCUUCGUCAUUCUUGGUCAGUCCGUUGAGUCGAUCACACCGGUUUUUUUACUUCCUCAGCUUAAGUCGACUUAGUUCUAUUAAAAUGGCUAAAAUUCUCCUAUUGGGCUUUACAAUUUUGGCUGUGAUCGCCGCAAUCGAAGCAGCUUCUUCCGGUCAGUGUCCAAUCUCUUCUAAAGUGCAGACAUGUACACCCAAGUGCCUAAGCGAUUUUGACUGCAGCACUACUGGAGGCAAAUGUUGUCCUAACACAUGCAACUACAAGUCUUGCGUAAGUCCGAAUCAACUGACUCAGGGUGCAUCGAGUGGAAAUAAGAAUCAAUCUUCUGGUGCCGGUUCGUAUUGUGGCAAUACGAAGUGCAACUCAUAUGAGACGUGCCAGCUGGACAAGACCACAAAACGUCAGAAGUGUGUACGUUCCUAAAUAUUUAUUCAACUUUUGCUGGUUUUGAUAAAUUACAAAACGAUUUAAACUAUUAAA